AAGUAAGAAUGAGUUUAACAAACCCUUGUUUUUAUCGAUGGAUUUUUCUGGAUACACAUCCUGAUGAUCUGCAACUACUGAAAUACGUGAAUGCUUCCACUGUUUGUUGGAGAGCAUUUUAUGUCACAAGACAAGGCGAUUUGAGUAAUAACAAUUCAAAACUAGCUAUCCACGGUUCUGACAUGAAUGAAAAAGGAAGUUGCAUAUUAAAGGACAAAGUGGCAGAAUGGUCAUCAGCCAGCGGACUGAAGGUUAUACAUUUAGCUGAUAGAAGGAUUCGAAAUUUCAAAGGCAUAACCCUGAGGACAACAUUUGUAAAUGAGAAACCCUUUUACUUUAUUUCUGAAGAGGGAAAACCGGAAGGAAUUGAAUAUCAGCUUAUAAAAACUUUAAGAGAAAAACUGAACUUCAAAAUUGAUAUCAUCAAACGCAGAGAUCAAGACACGGGACGUGAGUUGCCAAAUGGAAGCUGGACAGGAUAUAUCGGUCUCGUUCAACGUGGUGAUGUGAUAUUCACUGUGGCAACGAUAUCGAUGCGAGCAACUCGAAUUAAAGUUAUGGAUUACAGCUCACCUUACAUUUUUAACAAGCUCAGCUUCGUCGUUCUUAACCCAGCCCUUGAGAGCAGACAAUUUGUUUUAAUCCGACCCAUGACACCAACUGUUUGGGCAAGCAUUUUUGUAGCUCUUAUUCUUGGUUCUGCAGCCUUAUAUGCCCUAACUCAUUUUCUACCAACAAAACAUAUUGUCCAGGAUUCUUACAACUUCUGGUAUCUUCUAAGCACAUUUGGGAACGAAGGUAUGUAAUGCAUCCACUAAUGUUCCAAUUAUGUUUUGAAUAGCCAACUCCCUCCUCAUUACAACAGUAACACGCAAACAUUCCAUCUGCUGUGAAUAGCCAUAAUUUUACGUUAAUGUGUACGCUUCAAAUUAGCAUCGUUAUUUCUAAAUAAGAUUUUGUCCACACAGAAGAGUUAGUGUUCAGAAAAUAAUGCUGGCGAUAGAUAAGUAACACGAAUGAAAAAUAAAUAAUAAAAUUCAAACAUUUUGAACACAUAUCUACAUCAUCCACGUUCUUACUUCUAAGUUAACAUAGUUAAUUACAAAAUGAUAUUUUCUUGCACUCACAAACAUGUUCGAUAAGCCGGCUAUGUUCGAUUGAUGUUGGAACUUUUCACGCAAAUUAUUUAUGAAUU